AUGCGGCCGUGCCCGUGCUUCAUCCCGCGAACCCGCCCGCGACCUCGACCUUCAGGCCACCCCGACGCGCCCCUCCCUCCUCGACCUCCUGACCCUCCUCACGCCCAAGCCGCACGGGAGACGAGCACCCCGCAGCAGCGCCCGACCCCGCGCUCGUCUCUUCGCCCGGACGGCCGCCUUGUCCGCAUCUACCUCGCCGUCGCCGGAGUUCCAAGCUGCAUCACCGCGUCCUCUGCUUCGUCCUGCUGCUCCUCGCUCCCCGGCUUCACGAACGAGACGACGACGAAGCUGCCCUCCUGCGUUGACCGCGCCCCGCUCGAGUGCUUGUGCGGGCCUGCCAAGCCACCUCUUCGCCAGGCCCAGUGUGCCCCCUGCAGGCCUCCCUCUCCACCAGCCGGCCCGCGAGGCCUGGAGCUCCAGCGCCAUGGCCGUCCAGAGGUCGGCCUGCGCAGCUCGGAGACUCCAAGCGCCUCGUUCCAGCCGUCCAGGAGGAUGCGGUCGUGCCCGUGCUUCAUCCGCGAACCCGCCGGCGACCUCGACCUUCAGGCCACCCCGACGCGCCCCUGCCUCCUCGACCUCCUGACCCCCCUCACGCCCAAGCCGCACGGGAGACGAGCACCCCGCGCUCGUCUCUUCGCCCGGACGGCCGCCUCGUCCGCAUCUACCUUGCCGUCGCCGGAGUUCCAAGCUGCGUCGUUGCGUCCUCUGCUUCGUCCUGCUGCUGCCCGUUCCCCUGCUUCACAAACGGGACGACGACGAAGCUGCCCUCCUGCGUUGACCGCGCCCCGCUCGAGUGCUCGUGCGGGCCUGCCAAGCCGCCUCUUCGCCAGGCCCAGCGUGCCCCCUGCAGUCCUCCCUCUCCACCAGCCGGCCCGCGAGGCCUGGUGA